GGACAGUGCCGCCUGUGGCUCCAGAGGCACGCUGCCAGAGAGAAUCCAAGAUUCUGACACAAUGAGGAAGCAGCUGAGUAGAUGCUGGUUGGCCAUUGUCUGUGUCCUGCUCUUCAGCCAGCUCUCCACAGUCAGGGCGAGAGGGAUAAAGCACAGAAUCAAGUGGAACCGGAAGACCUUACCCAGCACCUCCCAGGUCACGCAGGCCCAAAGGGUGGAGAUGCGCCCCGGGACCUUCAUCAAGCAGGGCCAGAAGCUGGAUAUCAACUUCGGAGCCGAGGGCAACAGGUACUACGAGGCCAACUAUUGGCAGUUCCCGGAUGGCAUCUACUACAACGGCUGUUCCGAGGCCAACGUGACCAAGGAGAAGUUUGUCACCAGCUGCAUCAAUGCCACCCAGGCUUUCCAGAAACCAGAUUAA